GACUUAUGGCCGGCCCAACAAUUAAAUUCUUACGUGGGAGCCACCUACAGCUGAGCAUGACACAGCAUACCGUUGGAGUUUGCUUUAUACCUCUUUAAAAAGAAUCCUUAUAUUAUAUGAUUUUUCUUUUUCUUUUCUAAUAUUAAAUUGUAUUGUAGUGUCUUGAGCGACCGACUUGGCAGUUGAAAUUGCCAUUUGCCAGAUACAUCACGUAAUGUUGUUAGUUGCAUUACCAACCAGCAUAGGAUGCUUUAUUUGCAAAUUAUUAAUAUUGUUAUUAUUAUUAUUAUAGCUUCAGUUUCUUUGUCAUUUUCUCCUUUGCAUCUCUCUUUUUAAUGAUAACCACCUAUAAAAGUAUUUGCACAAAUAAAUCCCUUCAACUCUAACUCUAAAAACUUCCUACAAUUUCUCUGAAAAUAUGUCUGCUUUUGAGGGAAGGCCAUUGGUUGAGGCUGUGGAACACAAUGAAGAAGAAUUCAAUGAUCAUCAAGAGGUUACUGGAUGUGGGUAUGGGUGCUUUCGUGUUUUAGGGUUGAGAUGGGGUCAAGGCAAUGAUGAGGGUAAAGGUCUACUGGAGCAAAGGGAGGAUUCUUGGUGGGUUUGCAAGUUGAGGAAGAUGAAAGAGGUUUCAGAAGUGAUUGCAGGUCCUAAGUGGAAGACAUUCAUUAGAAAGAUUAGCAUGUAUGGCAAGAAGCAGCAGAAGGGUAGAUUCCAGUAUGAUGAACACAGCUAUGCUCUCAAUUUCAGUAGUGGAGCUCAGAAUGAAGAUGGUGACUUACCGCACAGUUUCUCAGCUAGGUUUAGUGCUCCGUUUCCUUCUGGACGUCGCCAGAAUGAACUAUGAUUCAUUCAUAUAUAUUGUUUAUUAGGUUUUAUUGCUUAAAUUUGUUCACGUGGUAUUCUAUUUUGUAGAAUCAUUCCUCAUUCAUUCUGUAAAGGUCGUUAUGUUAAUAUGCCACUGUUUUCGACUUUUAUUUUCCCUUGCCCAAGUUUUCUACAGAGAAAUGAUAUUUUUACUUCAAAAUUUUGAUGUCAAAUAUCUGUCCUCUGAUUUUUGUAUCUUUUUGAAAUAUGUGUAACUGUCCUCAUUUUUGUAUAUUGUUUUGAAAUAUAUGUAAAUUGUAGAGGAUAAAAAAUAAGAUAAAGAUAAAUAUAUAUUGGUAUUAGAAUAUUGAUGUUUAAAUAAUACAACUUUUUCCUGAACCCAACAAAAAGUUAGAAGAACUAGGACAUGUAGCAUGGUAAGAUUACAAUUUACAACAAUUCUGUUUUUUUUAAGACAAAAUUGGAAGAUGGAGAAAUAUGAAAUGAUGCAUAAGAAUAUAUAUUUUUAGUAGAUGUAUUCUAGGGAUAAACAUGCUUAAGACAAAGACGUUGAAAACAAAUUCACUAUAGCUAUUGGAAUUUGGAAGUUGUCAUUGUUCACACC